CAGUCUAUCAGUCCUACUGCUGCUGCACAUGGAGCUUGGUUUGACUUAUCACAGGACCUUUGGAAAACUAGUCCAUUAAAGAGACAAAAAUGACGCACUGGACCAAAAUGAGCAAAGAUGAGCUGGAGCGGCAGUAUUCACCCAGCCGCUGGUCGCACAGGAUGUCUGCGGACGACGUGAUCAAGGCCCAUGUGAAGGCUCUGAAGGAAGGUACGGAGCGAGCUCGAGGAUUGGCUCAGACUUUACUCAAUGUACCGUAUGGACAGGAAGAUGGAGAGAAGCUGGAUGUGUACAUACCCAGAACCAACUCUCUGGAUAUGCCCCUUGUUAUUUACCUACAUGGAGGAUACUGGCAGUUCCUCAGCAAAGAUGAGUCUGGAUUCAUGGCAGUUCCACUUAUUGAUAAAGGUGUAGUGGUGGUGGCCGUGGGUUAUGACAUAGCUCCAAAAGGUAACAUGGACUUGAUGGUUUCUCAAGUUCGCCGAAGUGUUGUGUCUGUUAUUCAGCAGUAUUCUCACAUCAGUGGUCUGUACAUAUGUGGUCACUCUGCCGGGGCUCACCUGGCCGCCAUGGUCCUGUCCACUGACUGGUCACAGUACAGCAUCGCCCCACAGAUCAAAGGUGCUUUCCUCAUCAGCGGUAUAUAUGACCUCCUGCCCAUCCUGUCCACCUAUGUCAACGAGCCAUUGAAAAUGACUGAGGAGGUGGCGUUGAGAAACAGCCCCAGUCAACUGGUCCCUCAGCUUAAACUGUCCUCCUCCGGCUGCCACGUCGUUGUGGCCGUCGCUGAGAACGAUUCGCCUGAGUUUCGCAAGCAGUCAGAAGAAUACUACAAAACUUUGCAAGAGUCAGGACUGAAUGUUACUCUGGAGGACGUGCCAAACACUGACCACUUCAGUGUUGUUGAGCUUCUGGUUGAUGGGGAAUAUCACCUAACAAAGCUUCUGUUGAAGAUGAUGGGAAAGAGCUAAAGUAGCAGCUUGUGAGUCCUCACCUAAAAUCAACAAACCUCUUUAUCAACAUGCACCUCUGAACAGAGAAAAUAUGCAUUACUUCAGUUCUGUGAUUAGUGUCACUGAGGUGGCAUGGAUAGUUAACUGAUUCAUUAUUUACUGUAGUUACUGUAGUCAAAAAAAUGUCAUGACUAAGAUAUGUAUCCUUCUCAUACAUGAAAAUGUUAGGAUACAUUGUGCCUAACACUGAGUCUCUCACUGAUUGUAGCAAUGAUGUUACUAUUAAAAAUGCUCUUCAGUCUAUCACAGUAGUUUAUAGCCAUAGAGCACAUUGUUGUUCAGAGAAAAACUGUUUUGCUUUGUCUGUUUACAAAUGUGCAGAGUUGAUAGUUUGUGUUUACAUAUAUUCUGUGGUUUGUAAGAAGGUGGGUCUUUUCUGGUUUUUUUUCCUAUGGCAAUCUGCCCAAUAACUGUAAAUCCACUGAAGUAGAACAAAACCAGGAAAUUAUGUCAAGAUGUAACAUCAACUGAAUGUAACCUCCACUAUGCUGAUCUCUCACCCAGGGGAACUGUACUGCACUUGGCGAAGGCUGAUAAUCAACAAAUAUAUAUUUGCACACUUUAUUUGACUCUAAUACAAGUGUUAUAAUAAUUAUAUGUUGUGUAUAUAGGCUAUUGCAAUUAUAUUAAAAUGGACAUUUUUAAAGAACAAGUGGGAUUAAAUUGUACUUAAUGCAUAUUGUUACUUGCGCCAUUAUUCUAACAUUUUAAAUGGUUUACAAUAUUGUGUACACAAAAUGUUCUAUUGAUCUUUAGUAGAUUAUAUAGAAAAAUCAUCACAAUAAAUAUUUAUAUUUGAGAAUAAA